UCUCGCUUUCUGCGUCCCCGGCUAGGUAGAAACAAAACGAGAGUUGUAACGGUUUUGCAGGGAACUAAGCUUCGAGACGCCGAGGACAUCAAACUGCUACGGCUUGGUACAAAACGGGCAAGAAGAGAGUUUGUGUGUAUGGCUGAACAAGUCAGAGGAAUGGAAUUAUCCAAGGGGGAGGCAGUGUUGCAGAAGGAAAGAGGAGAAUUAUAUGCCAGUGGCUGUUCAGAAAAGGCUGUGCAUUGCUCCAAACAGGAAACUUUCAUCUUGGCUGGUCUGCGAGAAAGGGAGGCGCCCUCCACACACACACACACACACACACAAUGAAUUCCAGCUGUGGAUGAUGACGUGUUCAGGCAUUGUCACUCCCUCUGGCAAGGCCGCUGUUUUUCCAGCACACGCCCGGUUUCGCUCCUUUCAGAAGCGUUCAGAGCUGCUGGAGGAGACUCGCUUCUCUUCAAGACGUCGACAUGUUUCUCGCCCAGGCCUUGCUGGAUGCGGCCACCGGCGGAGGUGGCGGGGGAGGUAGCCGUUCCGCUGGUGGAGCCCUCAUGAGCAGCCUUGGAGGAGGAAAAGGUGGUGGUGGGGCCGGGGGGGCCCUCAUGAAGGGCCUGGGAGGACUUUUGGCAGGAGGCGGGGGUGGAGGGAAGAAAGCCGGAGGUGUCGCCGGGUUCGUCGGAGGGCUGCUCAACAUCAUCAGCGAGGCGGCGGCUCAGUAUACCCCCGAGCCGCCCCCGACCCCCCGCAGCCAUUUUGCCAACGUGGAAGCCAACGAGAGCGAGGAGCUCCGCCAGUUCCGGCGGCUCUUCGCCCAGCUGGCGGGCGACGACAUGGCGGUCUGCCCCACUGAGCUGAUGGGCAUCUUGAACAAAGUGAUGGCCCGGCACCAAGAGCUGAAGUCGGAGGGCUUCAGCCUGGAUACGUGCCGUAGCAUGGUGGCCGUCAUGGACAGCGACACCACGGGCAAGCUGGACUUCUACCAGUUCAAGUAUCUGUGGAAUAACAUCAAGAAAUGGCAGGCCGUCUACAAGCAGCACAGCCGGCCGCCGUCGGGAACCAUCCAGAAGGCCCAACUGCCGGCCGCCUUCAAGGCUGCUGGCUUCAACAUGCACGAGCAGCUCUACGCGCUGAUGAGCCGUCGCUAUGCCGACGAAGACGGCACCAUGGAUUUUAACAACUUCAUCAGUUGCCUGGUGCGCCUUGAUGGCAUGUUCCGUGCCUUCAAAGGCCUGGACAGAGACGGCGACGGGAAGGUCCAGAUGAGCAUCCAAGAAUGGUUGCAACUGACCAUGUAUUCCUGAGACAAAGCAGACGAGA